UGGCGUACAGCACGAAGACGCUGGCGGCGCGGGAGAUGGCGCUCCGGGCCUCCUUGGAGAUGUUGACGCCGUCCGGGAGCUGCGAGGAGAGCGGGGAGGUCUAGAAAGCUUCAGAGUUGGCCUUUGUCCUAAACCAUUUAUAGCUAUGGACUUACCAGAUGUCAGCCAAUGGGACGAAACCACCUGUGACUUGGCUAUUUGCCAACAUCCACAAUGCUGGGCAACUAUCCGCCGGAUUGAGAGAGGCCAUCCUCGAAUCCUAGGCUCACCUUGCAAAAUUCCCCUGGAUGAUGAAGAUAAACUCCCAGAGCUCACCGUUGUAAAUGUGCCAGAUUCCUGCUCCUUUCCUCGUCAUUUAUCAAAAUUUACCUUCACUAAGGCUCAUUCUUUAUUGUCUCGUGGUUCAAAGUUUAACUCCAAAUUUGAAGGCAGGCCUCAGAAAGGUUUACCUGACAAAAGUUUGAUCAACAGUACUGAUAGAUCUCCCAAACUUUCAGUGUUGAAUUUGAAUGAGACACAGCUUCCCUGCUCUAAAGAUGUUGGCAAUAUGGUUGUAAUCUGGAUCCCAGAAGAAUCAGAGAAGUAUGUGAGCCAGCGUGGGAAGAAGAAAAUAAAGAAAUUGGCAAUGAAAAACGGUUCAUCUCUGAGUCUCUCUAGAAAGCAAUAUCCAGAAACACUGUCAAGAAUUCUUGUGCCUCCCCCGACCCCAGUACCAUUGUCUGAGCAAUUAGGUCCAGACUUCAUGCCUUUCUGGGCCCCACUGGACACGCUACCUCAGGACCUACUGGAGGAACUUUUGUCAGAUGAAGACAAAACCAUGCCCUGUCCAGAGAUGAAGAUACAGUUGACUAUGAUGAAAAAGAAUCUUCCCCUGGAAAAGAAUCGACCUGACAGUGCAAUUUCUUCUGGGAUGUUUCUGUCUAUACACCGCCUGACCCUGCAGAAACCAGCAUUGCGAUAUCCUGAAUAUUUGAAGAAAUUGCAUUAUAACCUGAAGACAGAAGGUAGAUUUCAACAGCAGCAGCAGCAGCAACAGCAGCAGCGACAGCAACAGAGGAAGGUGAAAACACCUACUAAGAAACAGGAGGCUAAAAAGAAAGCCAAGAGUGGUCCAGGGAGCCAGAGAACUUCCCAUCAACAGUCAGCUGCCAUCGCUUAUGAUCCUCUCUCUGGUCACAGAACUCUGCCAAGUCAGAAAAGUGACAUGAAGCAGCAGCAGCAGAUGGAGCUAGAAGGUGCCACCUUGAAACAGGAUUCCACAGAGAGACCAAAGACGGACUACUCUGAGACUUACGUGAAUUUCUGCCUCCGUACGGAAAGUGCAAUUAAUGGUCCUGGAUUGGCUGAUUUAGGUCCUGGAUCACCUGGAACAGAACCUACUGAAAAGGACAUUAGUGCUCCAGUGGAGCCUGUGCUGGAAGCCCAGGCUUCCAUGUCUGGAGGAAGCUGGAACCCUGAGCUCAAAUUCCUGAGGAUUCUUCAGGCCUCUGACUAUGAAGAUGAGGAUGAGAACAAGGAUGAGGAUGAGGAGAACCAACCCUUUGGAGCAGAGCGUUUAGUCUCUGGAGGCAUAGACUGAAAGCAUCACCUGGGGCAGCCUCGUUCCAGAGCAGGGUGCUUGGCAUCCUGAGGACGACGUGCUAGGAUUACAGGCAUGAGCCACCGUGCCCAGCCUCUUUUUCUAAACAGAAACUUUUCACUCAUCAAUUAUUUGGUUACCCUAAGUACAGUUCAUAUAAAAAAGACAGAUUAAAUGUUCAACUCCUUCUAAACAUUGUCUCAAAAUAGACCAAAUUAGAAAGCUAAAUCUUCUGCCUAUC